GUCGUGUUCCCGUUGUCAUCUCGUCUGUAACUCCCCUUUAAGGGCAGAAACAUCUCCUUUUAGGCCUCCGGACUACGUACCGUAGUUUCAAUGUUAGACUUUGAUUGAAUGCUUCAACCGUACGUGCUCUUGAAUUUGCCAGGAUGUCGCGUUGGCUUCUCGCUUGGUCGCUGGCGUUUUUAGCAUGUUGCAACGGAGUUCCUCGGCACAGUAAAGGUCAAGUGGCGACCUUGGACGAAGGUCAAGGUCAUAUGAGAGGGGACAAUCCCAUUCCAGGUGCGGGUGAGGGUACAGAGGAGUGUCCGAAUGAAAGCGGACGCAAGACCCGGACUGGCGGUACGGAGUGCGACAAUGAAGGCAUACACAGGAGUUGUACGGUUUCCGGCCACAAACGAGGCCUUGGAGAAGCCGAACGUUGUAUGGCGCAUGUUAACACAAUCGUGGACAGCGGAAAGCCCACCAUUGAUUUUGAGGCACUGGAGCGUCUCGAAAAGGCGCUGGCGCGGACCGAGGUGAACGAGACCACGUCCAUGUUUGUGGGCCGCGUGAUCGCCCUCCUGCUCAAGCCCGGAGGACGCCACGCAAGCCUGGACAUUUCUGCCAGCGACAGCCAGGCUGAGGCGGGCAUGACCGUCAACAACAGCAAAGUUAGCGUCCAGCUGCCACGAGAGCUGCACAACAGCUGGGACGACACCAUCUUGUUCUGCAUGGUGACCUGGCCUCACUCCAUAUGGAACGUCACCUCACAGGAACUCUACCAGAAAAGGCUGCUCAGCUUGAGUGUGCGCGGAAAAGCUAUUGCGGGACUGAAGGAGCGUGUGAACAUCACCGUCAACACUAUCGCGCUCAACGAAACCCAAAGCCCCAGAUGUGCCUUUUGGAAUUCCUCCACAAAGACAUUCAGCAGCAGCGGUUGUCGGACCGUCUGGGAACGGGGUCAGAGUCACGUGACCUGCUCCUGCGACCACCUCACCUACUUUGCUGUUCUCAUUGUGUCCGCUCCCCUCUCGGACACAAAUGAGGCGGUGCUGUCGUACAUCUCUCUGAUUGGCUGCAGCCUCUCUCUCUUCGCCCUCGUCAUCACGCUGCUGCUCUUCAUCAACAAAAGGCAAAUCCGCGAGGACGUGUCCAUGAAGGUGCACGUCAAUCUGGCGGUGGCGCUCAUCCUGCUCAACGCGCACUUCUUGCCCAGCCAGGCGGCGGCGCUGUCGGCUCCCUGA